CGGUCUCCUUGGUAACCAGCUGUUUGGUAAUGUGAUUGGUCUUUACAAAGCUAAAAAAGUAGCUAGGUUAGCUAUCUAUUGUAAAAUGUUGUAAAUUCAGUUUUUGUGAUUAUUUGAUUACUUAGGAGUGAACAUUUUGUGAGCAUCAUAUUUUAUAAUCCAGUACAGUCCAGCUGAGGUGAAAUACACCCUGUUGGCCUGUUUAUUUUUUUUAUUUCGGUUUGGUUAUGAGUUGUACAAGUUUUACUUUAGGUUAGCAUGUUAGCCUGUUGUUAGUCAGCAGAGAUAACGUUACCGUUUAAAUACCGGUUUAGUUUGUUUGUUAGCUAACAUUGUUUGGAUGUUCAAAAUGAACGGAGCUCCACUGGACUUCUCUUUUAAACAACUCAGCUCGCUAGCAGAUGUGGCGUUGGAGGAGCCGAACACAUCUGUACGUCCACUCAGGAGGAAUCCGGAUGGGAAGUUCAGCAGCAGUUCACUCAGACUCAACAAUAACAUGAUUGUCAACCUGCAGGGCCUGACCGACACCCUGUCCACUCUCCUCUCCAAACCCCAGCGCCUCGCCUGGCUGGACCUGUCCUUCAACUUCAUCACACACAUUCACCCGGUCCUUACAGAGCUCUCAGAGCUACGGGUGUUGUAUCUUCAUGGUAACAGUAUACGUAAGCUGUCAGAAGUGGACAAGUUGGGGUCGCUGCCAUACCUGCACACCAUCACUCUGCAUGGAAACACUUUGGAAAGCGAGCAGGGCUACAGGGGAUAUGUGAUCUCUGUUCUUCCUCACCUGAAGAUGAUGGACUUCAGCGCUAUUACUAAAGAGGAGAAAAUUCUGGCCUCCAUUUGGCAACGAAGCAGGAGGAGCCGUGGAAUCACUGAUCACAGAACAGAAGGUUAAGGCGUCUCAGUGGAAACUAGUCUGAGCAUGAAAUAAGUCUAUUGUACAUUAAAGUUUUCAGGACAUUCUUCUGCUUACUAGAACAA